AGUUGACGGCAGUGAUGCAAGACCGUCCGGGCAUCAGCGCCAUGCUAAACGCAGAGGCAUCUGUGGACGAGGUCGCCAGACUUAGCCUGCUCACCUGGUGCCGUGAAGCAACCUCCGGAUAUCCAGGCGUUUUUAUUCGUGACUUUACCGAUUCCUGGCGCGACGGACGAGCCAUUUUGGCACUAAUCCAUCGAUACAGACCUGACUUGAUCGAUUUUCAACUGAUCAAUCGUCAAAACGCUAAGGAAAACCUUGAUUUAGCCUUCACGGUGGCCGAAAAAUACCUCCAAGUGACCCGGUUAUUCGAUGCGGAAGAUCUGGCAACUGCCGUCGACGAAAGAUCGAUCAUCACCUAUGUGGCUUCACUCUACGAGGCGCUAACAGCAGACAUACAGACAGUGCCGCCGAUGCCUCCGCUGUAUAUCAUCGCGUCAAACGACGGUGCAUCGCACUCCACUCGGGCGAUUUUGCCAUCUGAAUCCUCCAAGCUGCUAAAUUCUCGAUGGGCGGAGUACAAGUCUAUUGCCACGGAAUUAGCGCAAUGGCUACAGUUGACCACCAGUCAGAUGGCCACACGAAACUUCCCUUCGGAUCUAGAGGGUAUACAAAGCAAAGUACUGGAGGCGCUCAAACGACACCGAUUAGAGGAACGGCCCAGACGGGAACGCGAACGGCAGCAGUUGGUGCGGUUGAACGAGGAAUUAAAGCACAAGCAAGUACCCAACGAUCCAUUUCUUUCGAUUGAUUACAUUGACCGAUUGUGGACCGAAUAUGAUCGUGCGAUUCGGGAACGCGAGCUUACCGCUCGCGCUGAGGCGAACCGCUUGAGCAGGUUGCAAUGGACUGGCGAUCGUGUGGCUCGUGAUUGCAGGUCCGUCGAAGCGCAACUCACUGCGCUGGAACGCCAUAUGCAGCCCACCAGUGGUUCGUACAGCACCGUUGGGCUGGACAGCGCCGAACGGUGGAGCGAACAGUUGAAUGCACUUGAAACCAAGUUGAAUGGAAUGUUCAAUCAAGUGCAGCAUUUACGCACCGGUCGAUAUGUGCGCACAGAGCAAAUUUAUCGGGAGUGA